ACUGAUUUCAUAUAGCGUCGUUUAUAUAGACAUGGACAUCCAAAGCCUAUUGGAAAACUUAGAAGAACUUCUUACCUGCCGACACUGUUCCAAUAUCUUCAGGAAGCCUAAGAUAACACCAUGUUUACACUCAUUUUGUUGUGAGUGCUUGAAUGAAAUUGCCAGCAGUCGGCCAUAUCAAGGAUUCAUCGAGUGUCCAGUUUGCCAGUAUGAAAUCAAAAAGCCAGAAGGAGGUCGCUUUGAAUCGCUUCCUUCUAGUUUCUUUUUGCAUCGUCUUUUGGAUGUGUUUGUGGCAAAAAGAAGGAGCUACUCUGAUGCAAGCUGUGGCAAUUGCCAUCGGAACCUGGUUCUCAGUUCGUUCUGUUUUAGUUGUAAUGUGUUCAUGUGUGAAGAGUGUUUCAGUGCCCAUCAUGUUAUCACRAGAAACAAUGCRCACAGGACGGUUGCUCUAGGAAGGCUGAAACAGAAAGACUACGAAGAACUCUUUCGAAGGUCCACUUUUUGUGCCCACAAGUUCAACGAAAARGGAAUCGUCGAGUACUUUUGCUAUGACUGCGAUGCGUGUGUUUGUCACGUUUGUAAUGUUGCCAUUCAACACAAACAUCAAAUCGUAGACAUCGACGAGGCUGCCAAAGACCAGAAGAUGAAGCUCCGUGACGUGAACGCUAAGCUAAAGACAAAAUUAAAAUCGGUAGAACUCGGUAUCAGUAAUGUUGAAUUCAGAAGUAUCGAGGUGCAAGAUCAAAUCGAUUACACAAAGAAAGAAAUCCGAUCUAAAAUUGGUAACAUGAUUGACAUCCUGAAGAAACACGAGGAAGACAUGCUGCAAGAGGUCGAACGAAUUCGUAAAGACAAACAAGAAAAUUUGACCUUCCAGCUCAAAAUGUACGAAACAAUGCAUAAACAAACAAAAAGCUCUAUUGAAUUUACCGAAGGACUUAUCGAAAGGAACCUCAGCGAAGAGAUAUUGACAAUCAAGAACCACGUGCUGGAAAGGGCAAGAGCUAUCAACUCCACUUACGUAGGGACAAAUCCUGCAGAGAACGAGCGAGUAGGUUAUGUGGCUAACACCAAAGCUUUUGAAGCCAUUCAAAAAGAGUUUCUUGGUCACAUCAGUACAAGUCUAACGGAGCCUGCCGUUUGUAAUGCUGAAGGCAAUGGUAUUAUGGACGUAUCCGCUGGAGAAGAAGUGUACUUUACGGUGACAACGCGCAACGCACAGGGGGAGGUCUACUAUAGCGAAAUCGAUCAUGUCGUCGCGGCGGUGAAAUCCGAUUUGUGGGGAGAUAUCGAGGCAUCUGUAAAAAACUACCAGGACGGWAGGUACGAAGUAAGCUACAUCCCAAGAGUGCCUGGAAAUCACAAAAUCCAGGUAGAAGUUAGCGGAGAGCAUAUAGAUGGAAGUCCGUUUGUUGUCUCUGUCAAGCAACCAGUAUUAACACCAGUCAAAUCAUUUGGAUCUCAUGGCAAAAAGGCAGGAAGUCUUUUGCAGCCCCAUGGUGUUGCAACUAAUACUAUUGGCCAGAUUGUACUUUCUGACAGCCUCAAGCACCAAAUACAAGUUUACACUUCAGAUGGAACCCACAUGCUUGACUUUGGGGAGGAAGGGUUCGACGAUGGGCAGUUCAUGCAUCCAAUGUCUAUUGCAUUUGAUAACUCUGAACGUUUCCUCUUCGCUACGGACAGUGACAACAAUAGGAUCCAAGUAUUUGAUGUCAAAGCUGGACGGUUUUCCAGGAAGUUUGGGACAGAAGGGAAUGGACCAGGACAGUUCAAUGGACCAUGUGGCAUUAGCAUAGAUAACACUGACAGAGUGAUUGUAACAGAUUGGAGUAACCACAGGAUCCAGGUAUUCACCAUCGAGGGCAAGUUUCUGUUCAAGUUUGGAGACAGGGGUAGUGACAGACUUGCUCAUCCCAGAUGUGCAAUCUAUCAUGAGAAAGAAAACUGUUUUGUUGUUUCUGACACUGGGAACAAUGUUCUCAAAGUGUUUGACUCCGAUGGAAAAUUCUCGCAUAUAAUAGGACGACCAGGCCAGAAACGUGGUGAGCUUCGUGGACCGAGGGGACUUGCUAUUGACAAGGAUAAGAACAUAGUUGUGUGCGAUUUUGAGAAUCAUCGACUUCAAUUUUUCAAAAUUGAUGGGACUGUUCUUAAUUCCUUUGGCGCGAGAGGAAAGGGAAUCGGUCAGUUUGCAUUUCCACUAAGUGUAUCAAUAACUGGAGGAGGAGCAAGGGUUGUUGUCAGCGACUGGGGGAACAAUAGAAUACAAAUCUUUAAAUCUAGAGAUGAAAACAGCUCUCCUAAUCUCAAGUACAGUAUUCCUAGCAUAAGCAGAAUGAGCACAAGUUAGGUUAUUUUUGAAUUAGAAAUAUAUAAGAACUAUUUUGAAAUUUUACGGUGAAAUAUCACUUGCAUAAUUGCCCUGCCAGUACAAUAUGAUUUCCUUGGAGUUGUCAAUCAUGGGCCUUUCGGAGAUAGGAUAAGACAGGAAUCCCAACCCUUUUACUUCAAGCACCACAGGGUAACCAUGAGGAUAAUUGAUAAGAGAUAUCUCAAAAUUAUGCCUCAUCGAUCCUGAAAUAUAAUUUUGAAUACGAUAAUGUUACACUACAUCACAAUCUAGAUUCUAGAGAAGCAAAUAACUUGUUUGUUGCAUGCUCGCAAGUCACUGAUAAUUUUGRAAAGAAUUUUAGUCUGCAUGAGAGAUAUUUUAUGUAAAAUUAAGCUUAAAUAAAAUCAUCCAAUUUUUUA